AUGUGCCCAAAACCGGAGAUCCGCCCCAAAAUGUGCCCAAAACCGGCAGAUCCACCCAAAAUGUGCCCAAAACCGGGAGAUCUGCCCCAAAAUGUGCCCAAAACCGGGCUCCUGAGAUCAUCCCCAAAACCCAUUGGAUCGUCCCCAAAACUGAUUAGAUCGUCCCCAAAACCCAUUGGAUCGUCCCCAAAACCCAUUGGAUUGUCCCCAAAACGCAUUGCAUCGUCCCCGCCCCCCCCGGUCCCUAGUGACCCCUCCCCCGUUUUCCGCCGCAGACGCCGCGUUGCCGAGCGACCCCGAGGACGACGCCCCCCCCGGCACAACCGGCUCCGGCGCCGCCGAAACCCGACGGCGCCAAAGCCGCCGGCCACGGCGCCGCCGCGGCAGCCCCGGCGCGACCCGCGGCGCCGCCGGCGUCCAAGCGCGCGGCCAAGUCCUCGCGCCGCGGCUUCCAGAAGUUCCCGGCGGCGCGCGGCGCGCUGCCACGACUGCGGCAAAGCGCUGGCGUUCGCCUCCGCCUUCAGCAAGCGGCGGCGCCGGCAGCGCCGCGGCGGCCCCGGCGAGAAGCCCUAUAAGUGCCCCGAUUGCCCCAAGACGUUCAGCGUGGGUUCGGCGUUCAUCCAGCACCGGCGCGUCCACGGCGCCGCCGCGCCGUGCCAGUGCGGCGUGUGCGGCAAGAGCUUCUCGGCCAGCGCGGGGUUGGUGAAGCACCAAAAGUCGCACCUGGAGGAGAAGCCGUUCAAGUGCGGCGACUGCGGCAAAGGGUUCAACUGGAACUCGCACCUGGAGCGGCACCGGCGCAUCCACACCGGCGAGAAGCCGUACGCGUGCCACGAGUGCGGCAAGAGCUUCAGCUGGAGCUCGCACCUCGACCGGCACCGGCGCACGCACGCCGGCGCCAACAGCGCCAACGCGGCCGCGUGCCGCUGCGCCGAGUGCCCCAAAAAGGGCCCGGGAUGCGGCGGCGACGUCUCGGCCAAGAAGAAGACGCCCAAUGGGCCAACGGGGACGCCGUGCGAGUGCGGCGGCGUCUCGGCCAAGAGCGCGGCGUUGGCCAACAAGACGCCCAAUGAGCCAAUGACGCCCAACGAGCCAACGGGGAAGCCGUGUGAGUGCGGUGAGGCGUUUGCCAAGAGUGCGGCGUUGGCCAACAAGACACCCAACGAGCCAAUGAUGCCCAAUGGGCCAAUGGGGAAGCCGUGCGGUUGCGGUGAGGCGUUUGCCAAGAGCACGGUGUUGGCCAACAAGACACCCAACGAGCCAAUGACGCCCAACGAGCCAAUGGGGACACCGUGCGAGUGCGGCGGCGUCUCGGCCAAGAGCGCGGCGUUGGCCAACAAGACGCCCGACGAGUCGACGAUGCCAAACGAGCCGAGCGCGGCGCCGUACGCCACGUUCGCCAAGGACGCGCUGGGCAGGAAGGCGGCGGGCGAGGCGCCGGGGAAGCCGUACGAGUGCGGCGAGUGCGGCAAGAGCUUCUCGUGGAGCUCCCACCUGGACCGGCACCGGCGCAUCCACGCCGGGGAGAAGCCGUUCGGCUGCGGCGACUGCGGCAAGAGCUUCUCGCAGAGCUCGCACCUGGAGCGGCACCGGCGCGUCCACGCCGAGCGGCCGGCGGCGUGCGGGGGGUGCGGCGGCUUGGGCGGGCGCCGGCGCGGGGAGGGCGUGCCGGGCGCGUGGGGGCGGGGGGAGGGCGGGCGGCGCGGCGGGGCCGUGAGGCACCAGGCGACGCAGACCGGGGACAAACCGUACGCGUGCGGCGAGUGCGGCAAGAGCUUCGGGCAGAGCGCGGCGCUGGCCAAGCACCGGCGCGUGCACAGCGGCGAGAAGCCGUUCGCCUGCGGGGACUGCGGCAAGAGCUUCGGCGUGCGCUCCAACCUCAUCAAGCACCAGCGCACGCACCUGGGCGAGAAGCCGUACAAGUGCGGCGACUGCGGCAAAGGGUUCAUCCAGAAGUCCGACCUCACCAAGCACCGGCGCAUGCACACCGGCGAGAAGCCGUACCGCUGCGGCGACUGCGGCAAGUGCUUCAGCGUGUCGUCCAACCUCAUCAAGCACCAGCGGAUCCACCUGGGCGAGAAGCCGUACCGGUGCGGCGAGUGCGGCAAGAGCUUCAUCCAGCGCUCGGAACUCACCAUCCACCACCGCGUGCACACCGGCGAGAAGCCCUACAAGUGCGGGCAGUGCGGGAAGAGCUUCAGCCGCAGCUCCCACCUCAACCGGCACCACCGCACCCACGGCGCCGCGGCGGACAAGGCCAAGGGCGGCGGCGCCGGCCCCGCCCCCUUCGCGCCGCCGGGGGGGCCCCCCGGCCAAUCGCUGGCGCCGCUGGGCGGGGGGGCGGCGCUGGAGCUGCCCUGGCCCCUCCCCUUCCCCGCGCGGCCCUUCCCCCCGGGGCCGCUGGCGCCCAACGCGGCGCCGCCCACGCCGCCGCUCGUCAACUGAGCGGGAACGGGCGCGGGGGAGGAGCCACGGAGCGCUGGCCACGCCCCCCGCGCCCACGGCCAAUGGGCGGCGAGCUCACACGGCCAACCAGGGUCGAGCCCGAAGACCCAACGGGGGUUGGAGUCAAAGACCCGGCGUUGGGUCUAAUCCCCUCGGUGGCUCAUUAAUGACCUUGUUAAUUAGGGGAGGGGCCCACCUCACUCAUUAGGGGGUGGGGAGGUACCCCUCUUGGCCCCGCCCCCUCCCCGGCCCCUCCCCCAACUGGUUUUGGCCCCAAAGACCCAACUGGGGUUGAACUGAAACCCAACUGGGGUUGGUGUCAAAGACCCGGCGUUGGGUCUAAUCACCUCGGUGGCUAAUUAAUGAUCUCGUUAAUUAGGGGAGGGGCCAUUCUCGCUAAUUAGGGGGUGGGGAGGUUCCCCUCUUGGCUCCGCCCCCUCCCAGUCUCCCCGGCCCCGCCCCCAGCACCCAACUGGUGUCGACCCCAAAGACCCAACUGGGGUUGGUGUCAAAGACCCGUCGUUGGCAGCUUCUUGCCUCAGUGGCUAAUUAAUGACCUUGUUAAUUAGGGCAUGGAGAUGUCACCCUCAUUCGGUGGCUCCGCCCUCAUCCCGCCCUCCCCGGGCCCUCGGCCAAUGGGCAUCGAGCUCACAUGACCAACCAGGGUCGACCCGAAGACCCAACGGGGGUUGGAGUCGAAGACCCGGCGUUGGGUCUAAUCACCUCGGUGGCUAAUUAAUGAUCCCGUUAAUUAGGGGAGGGGCCAUUCUCGCUAAUUAGGGGGUGGGGCGUUUCCCCUCUUGGCCCCGCCCCCUCCCCGGCCCCUCCCCCAACGGGUUUUGGCCCCAAAGACCCAACGGGGGUUGGAGUCAAAGACCCGUCGUUGGCUCUUCCCGCCUUGGUUGCUAAUUAACGACCUCGUUAAUUAGGGGCGGGGCCAAUCUCGCUAAUUAGGGCGGGAAGCCCCACGGGGGCCCCGGCGCCGUCUCCGCGGCCUCCGGAACUCGCCAAAUUCCACGUUUUCCCCCCAAAAUUAAGGUUGAAAAUGAUGGUUUUUCGGUCAGUGAUAAAAAACGGUAAAAUCGCAGGAAAAGGCCGUUGGGAAAUGGGCCAAAAUCGCCCAAAUUUGGGGUUUUUCAGCUGAAAAACGGGCAGAACGGCGGCGGAAAAGCGAAGAACGGGUGGGAAAUAGCGGGGGAGGGGCAAAAAAUGGGGAAAAAACGGUGAAUUUUGGAAAAAAAAAAUGGUGAAUUUGGCCGAAAAGUGCGAAAAUUCGCAAUUAAACGUCGAGGAAAAAGGUGAAAAUGAAGCGGGAAAUUGGGGCUAAAAACGGAGAAAUCGGGGAAAUUUGGGGACGCGUUUUGGGGGGAAAACGGCUGGAAAGGCCCCAAACGGAGGGAAUUUGGGGUUUUUUGGGGUGUUUUCGUGGGUUUUGGGGACUUUGGGUUCCUGGGCGGAAAUAAAGCGGCGCUGGGUCCCAC